CGGAAAUGCUAUGUUUUGUUAUCGUUUGGUAAUUUAUUUGUUUAAAAUGACCUGGGCUGGAGGAAUGCAUAAUGUGUAUUCCGAUAAACAAAAAACAUAUUAGUUUUGAAGACAACAAUUUACAGCAAACAAACUUGUUUACACCACUCGAGUUAGCUAACUAGAAUAACGAUCUGAAUGCGUUGAUAAUAGGAACCGGAUUGUGGCUAGGGCUGGUAUCUUCAAUCUUGUAGCACAGUGAACUGGUGGUAUAGAUGCCAAUUUAUCCAGUAAACUGCACCGAGUCUUGUACCAUGAGCACAAUAUGACAAUCGUCUUGACAGGUUUGUCUGUCAUGUGCAACAAAUGAUGGAUAAAACCGACUCGAUGACUCCCUCAGAUUCAAAAGCUUGCUCAGAUUCAAAGACUCGUUCUGGUUCAAAGAUUGGCUCUGGUUCAAAAAACCACUCUGAUUCAAAGAUUCGCUCUGGUUCAAAGAACCGCUCUUGUUCAAAGACUCGCUCUGGUUCAAAGACACAGUCUGGUCCAAAGACUCGCUCUGGUUCAAAGAUUCGCUCUGGUUCAAAGAACCACUCUGAUUCAAAGACUCACUCAGAUUCAAAGAUCCACUCCGACUCAAAGACCUCCUCUAAUCCAAAGACCUGCUUGGAUUCGAAAACCAGCUCUGUUGACAGUGAGUUAAAUAAAGAAAAGCUCCGAGGAGACCACCACCCAUUGAAUGAGAACCCCAAGACCUGCUCAGACUCGAAAACCAGCUCUGUUGACAGUGAGUUAAGUAAAGGAGACCACCAUCCAUUGACCGAGAACCCUGAGACCCAUCCUGAUGAGAAGCCGUACAAAUGUGGAGUGUGCUCCACGACAUUCCGCCAAGCGAACAAUCUGCACUACCACAUGAUGGUACAUGAUGACAAACGACCACGCAGCAAACUGCUGCAGUGCGACCUGUGUCUGGAGCACUUCACAAGGAGACAGUUCCUCGAGAGACACUACGCAUUGCACAAGGACGAAGAUGGGCAGCAGUUGCCUGAAGAAAUACACAAAACUCUGAUGGUGAAAAAGAAGAAGCGUAGACGCAGAAAACCUCCCGGUUACUCCAAGAUUGAUGACCAUUCUGUCAGCUUCACUGCCGAUCUUAAACCAGACUCUUGGGAGACAGAAAAUGAAUGCACUAAGGAGAAGACGCAAGCCUCAGAUAGGUCAUUGAGGGCCAUUAAGGAGGAGACACAAACCUCAGAUACGUCAUCAGUGGCGGUCAUGGCUUGUCUGUACUGUGAUUUCAAGUGUUGCUCCAAACCUGAACUCAAAGUACAUUCGGAUUCUAAACAUUGUGGGAAGCCGUGUAAAUACAUCAGUUACGACGUCACGAAAAACAAAGCCUCGAGACCUUGUCCCAGCAUGAUUGAGUCGCACGAGCUGCCGAUCAAGAAAACGAAGAGAGGGCUGGGACUCACCCCUGAAGCGAGUUGUAAUUUUGUGUAUGAGGUGAACCAGUCCACUGGGACGAUCGUGUGCUACCUGCGAGAUGAUUGGCACAAUCCUCUCAAAGACUCUGUUGUCCUGCCGUCCAAUUUCAAUGCCAUGUCUGAACCGUGUGCAGAAAUGGGCAUUUCAAACACUGUACCGCAUUUGGAGACCUGCGUUUCAGACACUGAACCAAGUUUGAAGACAUGUGUUUUAAACACUGUACCACAUUUGGAGACCUGCAUUUCAGACACUGAACCAUGUUUGAAGACACGUGUUUUAAACACUGUACCGCAUUUGGAGACCUGCGUUCCAGACACUGAACCAGGUUUGAAGACAUGUGUUUUAAACACUGUACCGCAUUUGGAAACCUGUGUUUCAGACACUGAACCAUGUUUGAAGACAUGUGUUUUAAACACUGUACCGCAUUUGGAGACUCGGACGUAUGGUUCGGACAGUGAAACAAAUGUCUCCGAUAGUUCGUCUUCACCAGUUCCACAGAAAUCAGAAUUUAGUUGUGACGCUAGCAUGGAUAGUGAUGAGGAAAUGUCAGACGAAUCGGUAGUCAAUCAGAUACCUGAAGUGUACAUUGACAGGGCAUGCUGCUCUACAUAGUUACUAGUCCCCUACUCGGGGCUUCUAGAUUAUGGUAGCCCCAUUCCCAUGGCUAGUGAUAUUCAAUGUGGGGCUAGUAAAUAACUAAUAUUGCCAUGCCCGACGGCUAGGAAAUAAAAUAAAAAAAACGUU